AUGCCGAACAAUGGCCCGCAGAGUGGCAUCCGAAAACCACGCAAAUCUCGCGGUCGAGGCUUGCGGACUAACACGGGCUGCUUAAUCUGCAAGCGUCGCCACGUCAAAUGUGACGAAAUCCGCCCACAAUGUGGACCAUGCGCAAAAGGUCAACGGCCCUGCAUCUAUGGAGAUGCCAAUAUUACUCCCUCUCACGCGUCUAUAAGCACACCCCCAAGUCAGGAUAUCCCCACGGUGAUAAGUUCCCAAGCACCAAUUCAUGAACCCCUGCAAGUGCUAGUGGAUGCAUGCCACCAAGAACACCCAAUACAACCAAGCAAUUAUAAUCAAACAUUAGCCCCCAAUAGAGCCAAUCACCGUCAGAUUUCGACCAGAUCAGUGUCGUCUCCUCUUCGUGAAUAUGUCCCUUCACCUGGGACGGAGUCAUCGGCGACCUCGUCGAGGGUGGCACCCCUGAGCUGGUUUGAGCUUCUGGCUCAGGAUGCGGCAAAUGCAGACAGGGAGUUUUUGCUAUCCCCUCAGCAAAGAUUCCCAUUGCCAACAGGAGAAGAAGCUUCCAUAAGCUCAGCUCAAAGUCCGGCCUUUGAGCCACGAAAUCUGAGAGAACGGGAAAGCUUUCAGGCGGCAUCAUUUCAGCAUGACCCAGAAUUAGGAAAGAAAGUUCCGUUGGCAGCGGUUGAUGAGCCGUCACAUGCUCUUCCGGAUGUGCCAUCUUCGUGGAGCACAUCGGGUCCCAUUCAGCUAUCGGAACAGGAGUUCCGGCUAUUUACUCACUUUGUGCAGACAUUCAGCGGCUGGUUGGACUUUUUUGAUUCAUCCCAGCAGUUCUGUUCUGUCGUUCCUCAUCUAGCUCUGAGAAACACCGGUCUGAUGAAGGCGUUAUUAGCGUUAUCGGCGAGACAUUUCACGCUUAUCAUGGAAACCCCUGGGGAUUGUCGCGAUUCUGAGCCUUCGUAUUCAGUUGAUCGGAACCUCGCCGUUCGCUAUUACUAUGAAACCCUGCAUUACCUGAACAAGGCUAUGCGCUAUCAAUCAUAUGCUGGAAGCCAAGAGUUAAUUGCCACGGCGCUCUUGAUUAGUACCUAUGAGAUGAUUGAUGGCUCCAACCGAGACUGGGAACGACAUCUCAAGGGGGUAUUCUGGAUACAGCGAUAUCAAAACAAUGAUGGCGAAUGCGGGGGCCUCCGUCAAGCUGUGUGGUGGGCCUGGCUUAGACAGGAUGUCUGGGUAGCCAUGCGCGAGCGGCGCCGAGUCUUCAGUUUUUGGAGGCCCAAAAAGCAUGUUUCAGUCCUCACCAUACCAGAACUAACGACCCGUGCAACCUACCUGCUCGCACAGUGUGUCAACUACGCUUCACGAGAGGAGUCGGAAUCGACUGACUUGGAGCAACGCUUGGAACGAGGGAGCGAGUUACUCUAUAUGUUACAAGAAUGGCAAGACUGUCUUCCACGGGAAUUCACACCACUCCCAGUUCCUUCAAGCACCGAUGUCUUUCCCCCAAUCUGGGUCAAUCCGCCGUCUUGUGCAGCUGCUUUGCAGCUUCAUAGCCUAGCCAGGAUCAUGGUCAUUCUACACCGGCCCUCCAUUGGCGGACUGCAAGACUAUCGAGCUGCGCAGAAACUUCUUACAUCUUCUCUCCGCACUAUUUGUGGAAUUGCUCGCAUGAAUGACGAAAAUGAUGACAUGGCUUUUUGUAUCUCACUUCAGUGUUUAUAUGGAGGUAAAUUUCCCCGCGAAAUGGCUUGCUAUGUGUUUAUCUCUAACCUGGUUUCAGCGGGACUCGGUGUCCAUACUCCCCAUGAACGAGCUGCAUUGCUUGAUCUCCUAGAUAAGUGUCAACGACGAAUUCGCUGGCCUGCAGACUCCUUAACAAGAGAGCUUGAGGCUGAAUAUCAGAAAGAUGAGCUCUCUGCGUUUGCUAGAUGA